UCGGGCUGUUUUGGGGUCACUGUGGGGUCACCUGGGCAGGGCUGGGAGCAGAGCGGGUCCCAGCCGGGCAGACAGGGCUGGAGCCGCAGCCGCAGCCCCGGCAAAGCCAGCACCUUUUGUGGCACCUCGUGAUGUCACCCAGGUCCCCUCGCUGGUGCAAACAGCGGUGCAGGGAACAUUGCACUUCCUCCUGAGCUCCGGGCUGCGCUSAGCGGCUCUGCCUGCCAAGGGAUGACCCACCCGCCCUACGCCCCCACAGCCUCUUCYAGCAACCCAGCCAUGACCCAGAGCAACCAGAGCUGCUCCUCUUACAACAUCACCUUCAAGAGCAGCCUCUACGCCACCACCUACACCCUCAUCUUCAUCCCGGGGCUCCUGGCCAACAGCGCUGCCCUGUGGGUCCUGUGCCGCUUCGUCAGCCGCAAGAGCAAAGCCGUCAUCUUCAUGAUCAACCUGGCCGUGGCCGACCUGGCCCACGUCCUCUCGCUGCCCCUGCGCAUUUAUUACUACAUCAACCACAGCUGGCCCUUUGGCAACGCCCUGUGYUUGCUGUGCUUCUACCUSAAGUACCUCAACAUGUACGCCAGCAUCUGCUUCCUCWGCUGCAUCAGCAUCCAGCGCUACCUGUUCCUGCUGCACCCCUUCAAGGCCAAGGGCUGGAAGCGCCGCUACGACGUGGCCAUCAGCGCCCUGGUCUGGCUCCUGGUGGGGGCAGCCUGCGUGCCCUUCCCGCUGAUGAGGAGCCACGGGCUGGCAGCCAACAACACCAAAUGCUUUGCUGACCUGCAGGUAAAGCCCAUCAGCAGCAAAGCGGCCACGGUGCUGAUGAUCGGCGUGGGUGAGCUCCUGGGCUUCGUGGGCCCGCUCGUCAUCAUCUUAUUCUGCACCUGGAAAACAAGAGACUCCAUCCGGGGCUUCCACGUCCCGCAGGAGAGCGGCGGGGAGAGGCGCAAGGCGCUCAGGAUGGUUUCCAUGUGCGCCAUCGUGUUCUGCGUGUGCUUCGCUCCCUACCACAUCAACUUCUUCUUCUUCAUGCUGGUGAAGGAGGAGGUCAUCACCGACUGCUUCCUGAGCACCAUCACGCUCUACACCCAGCCCUUCUGCCUGAGCCUCGCCAGCUUCGACUGCUGCUUGGAUCCCAUCAUCUAUUUCUUCAUGACUUCCGAGUUCCAGGAUCAGUUUUCCAGGCACAGCAGCAUGGUCAUCCGGAGCCGGCUCAUGAGCAAGGAGAGCGCCUCGUCGAUGAAGGAAUGACCAGAAAGWCACUCAGGAAAACAAAGGUGUUUUGUGUGAAAUGUGAGACUKUUCUGGGAUACUCCAUGGUGGAAGAUCCUGCAGGUUUGUCCGGGGGAGUUUGGUGGCAGUGGAAAUUUUUUUCAGUACGUAGAAGAUAAAACUUUGUGUAAGACUGGUGUGUUGGUAUCUGGUGAGUGACCCGACUGGUGUGACAUCCCCACACCAUGCCACCCCCUCCUGACCCUGCUGGACUAGGACACACACAGGAGGGAGUGACAAACCUUUUACUGGGAAAUGGUGGAAAAGUUCCAGGGAUUUUCUUUGACUUUCCCAGCUCCAGGCUCUAUGAUCAAGCCAGAGACAAUCCCAUAUCUGUACACUGAUAUCUGCUGAAGGAUAUUCUCUGGGAAAACCACUCAAGAACCCAAAAAUGGCCAGUAGCAACCACAGGGCGUUGUGGUUUGUGCAGAGGGGGCUAUGGGCAGG